AAUGAUUGGUGCGCACUUCCUGAACAAAUGGUGGCAGGGGCGGCGUUGGGGCAUCUGUGCUUGUCUAAACUGGGGGAUCGUAUAAUUUUACUAAACGCAAAUCAAAACCAGGACCACCGAAAGAGUUAAACUUUUGUUCCUGUUUAACUGUCAGAAGACAGGAAGAGUCAGCUGACUGAUUGACAUUUACAGGAAACUAAGGGGGGGUGGAUAUAAAGGGUGAAUGAUCUGUUUUUCGUCACAUGAUGAUUGGUGAUAAAACUGCCUGUGUGUGAUUUGUGCACCUAUGAAGAUCUGGACCUGUUUUAAUUUUUUUCCAGGGUUUUGAAAUGGAGCGUCAGCCUAUUAUGAGCCAUCAGCACAGAGACUACGGAAUAGCCAAUCCCGGUUAUUUCCCAUCAGCACAGGGGACACCCGCAAUGUUCGCCCCACCCACUGCUGAGGGCCCCAGCGCUCCUCCGGCCAGCAUGUUCGACAACAUGCCUGGCUAUGAAGGAACAGUGGCAGGAGGAGGAGGUGGAUGUCUGCCCCCUCCCAUGCCUGCUUACCCAGCUCCUCAGCCUGAGCCUGGACCCGAACAACCACAUUGGAAUAUCCCAUCUAUAACUGAAGACACUGCUCGGGAUGCGUUUAUCCUGUAUGCCUCCAGCAAGUGCUGCUACAGUUCAGCACCAGCAAAGGAUGGUGUGAUCACCAGCAUGGAAGCAUUCAAUACAUACAGGUACCGCCUGGAAACCUUUACUGAAACAAGAUCUACAGAGUGGAGUCACGAGCCAUAUAAUGGCCAGCCAGUGGAUGCCUAUGCCCAACCACCUCCAGGGCCUUGGGAUAUUACAGCAAAAACCCCCAGUUUCUUUCUGGAUGGCCAACAGAUUGUCAAGGUGCCCUACACUUCAUCUGUGAAGACCUGCCAUGUUUGUUUGGGAAUGGGCCGAAGACCUUGCAAAGACUGUGUCGGUGCUGGUAGUAAAGUUUGUUGGGUGUGCAAUGGAUCUGGUUUCCGCCAUGGAGAUGAUCGAUGCCACCACUGCAAUGGAAGAGGAAGGGACAACUGCAACCGCUGUCAUGGGCAAGGAUCGAGGAUAUGUGAAAUGUGUCGUGGAAAACAACAGCUUCUAGUCUACAUCAACCUCACCGUGAAAUGGACCAACAACUGUGACAACUAUGUUGUUGAACAGUUGAGUGGACUGCAGGUGGACAACCUUAGCAAGGUGUCUGGAAAGGAGCUCUUCAGAGACUCCCAGUACAUGGUAUACCCAGUGAUGAGCUUUCCAGACCCUGCAGUGGUGAAUGCCUCACAGCGUCUUGUCAGUGAACACCAGGGCAAGUACUCCCAGAUGUCACGCAUUCUGCAACAGCGGCAAACCAUAGAGCUGAUCCCUGUCACAAAGGUGACCUACAUGUGGGAAGGGAAAUCACACGUUUACUUUGUUUAUGGGAAUGAGUUCAAAGUUAAUGCAGAUAACUAUCCUGCUACGUGUUGCUGUACUGUAAUGUGAUUGCAGUGGUUGUGUAUGAAGGUGUUUACAUUCCAAGCCAGUGGAUGUCUAAUUAUGUCCUGCAGUCAGUUGUACUGAUUAAUGGAUUAAUGAAAAGCUGACAUGUGAGCAGUUUUGACUUUGUUAACGUUUGGCUUUUCAACGGACUAUACACAGAGGCAUUUAACCGAUGAGCUCCUACAAGUCAGUACAACUCAUGUAGUCUCUCUAAUAAGCGAUUUUAAAGGCUACACAGGAAGUCAUUUUCAGCAGCUAAUCACUGCAACGUGAUUACGUGUCAUUUGUAGACAUGCACCACAGAAAAAAUGGUUACUGACAAUAUAAACUAGAAUCACAUUAUUUUCCCGAAAUCCUUAACGUUAUUGCUUUAAUAUGACACAUGCGAUCAUCAGUAAAACCAGCUAUGCCAUACAGAAUAUUAUUUUUGCAGAAAUGUAAUUCUUAAUAUUAUUAAUAUUCAUUUGAACCUAUCCGUUUGCUGUUAAGGCAAUACUAAUUGUUUUUUUAUGUGAAUGUAAAACUUUUAUUAAAUGUGUUUGAUUUUGCAAGACAAAACAUCGGUAAUAUUUGCUUUUCAAUAAUUAAGCCAUUUGAAUAAAUGUUAUUUUGCAA